GAGUGAAAAUCUGUGUGUGUAGGUGUAUGCAUGGGCUCAGUGGCAGAGGGCAGGAAAGGCAGCAGAAGGCAGUCGAGCAUCCACAUGUUAAAUUAACUUAUUAUUUUGCUUUCAAGAGCCCAUCCUUGCUGUUCUAAUCUACACGCACCCCUCUGAAAGCCAAUGCCAAUUCUGCACCUGAAGAACUGCUUUACUCAGGUGGAAUGCCAAAUUGCAAGGACCAAGCUGUUCAGUGAGAAUCAUCUCUCCAUCUCCAGUCCUCAGUACUUUUGCAGGAUGCCGGGCACAGCAAGGCAUGACCGAGAGAUGGCAAUCCAGGCUAAAAGGAACCUGUCAAAAACCACUGACCCUGUAGAAAGGCUUCGUCUGCAGUGUUUAGCAAGGGGAUCUGCAGGCAUCAAAGGACUUGGCAGAGUAUUUCGGAUUAUGGAUGAUGACAACAGCAGGACCCUUGAUUUCAAGGAGUUUGUGAAAGGAUUAAAUGAUUAUGCCAUGAUGAUAGACAAGGAAGAAGCACAGGAGAUUUUCCGGAUAUUUGAUAAAGAUGGCAGUGGAACAAUUGAUUUUGAUGAAUUUCUUGUUACACUGAGACCUCCCAUGUCAAAGGCAAGAAAAGAGAUUAUCAUGCAGGCAUUUAGGAAGUUAGAUAAGACCGGAGAUGGUGUCGUAACAAUUGAAGACUUACGGGGGGUGUAUAACGCAAAGCAUCAUCCCAAAUACCAAAAUGGAGACUGGACAGAAGAUCAAGUUUUUAGGGCCUUUCUGGAUAAUUUUGAUUCACCCUAUGACAAAGAUGGGAAGGUCACAACAGAAGAAUUCAUGAACUACUAUGCAGGCGUCAGCGCUUCAAUAGACACAGAUGUCUAUUUUAUCAUCAUGAUGAAGAAUGCUUGGAAACUCUGAUCAUAUGACUAAAGAAGCAAGACUUUACUUCUACCAUUUGUAGGUUCCCAUGAUUAAGUGUAUGCGCAACACCACGCUCAUUUUCUGUAAUAUCAGCUUCCAGUAACUGUGCCAAUUACAGUCAGUCUGCAGAAAAAACUUCCAGAUGUUUUGGUAGGCUCAGCCUUAGGGGAAUUGGAGUGUAAUCAGAGAGCAGAUCUGGCUCCACGAAUCUGCCCCUUUCCUCCCUGCAUCCCUGACAUAUCUUUUCUUUCCUGUGAUGAGCUCCUUCUCAGCCAUCCGCAGUAGAUCCCUGUAGCUCCUGGAUGUAUCCCCUCCUCUCAGUGUUAGAAAAAGCUCUGUUCAACAGAGGGUGCAAGAGGAGGAAACUGAAAUAUUCUGGUAGGGUGGUGGUUGGGGGCAGACUGUUAUGAGCAUGAGGCAGCCUGUCCCAGGAGGGUCACGUAGCCUUCUCUGCUGCAGCACUGCAGGAGCUCUUGCCUUCUUGGGUCUCAGUUGUGGGGUGAGCAACUGCUCAGCUCACCGCUGGGAACAUUUCCCAGUGCCAGGAGGCUG